AUGAUGGUAAUAUUCGGCUUCAUUCCGCCCAAUCCUGAUCCCAGAAACACGUUGCGGACUCCCCAGCAGAACAUCGGCCACACGGUCCUGGAAGCUGUCUGCCACCAUGACGUGGCCGAGGAUGUAAAGACCGCCUUUUUUGAGGUGGUUGCAGAAAUUGAUCAGCUUCCAGCUCGUCCGCGGGUUGUCCACGAGCAGCAGAAUCUGCGGACGCCAGUACUUGACGUUGUCCUGGCGCAGUUUGAGCAGGUACUUGCGCACCUGGUGGUAAAUGAGCGACUGCGACACGUCUCCCCACUGUUUUGGCGGCGAGAUGUAGUGGAUGAACAGGACGAGCGCCAUCAGCAUGAUGAAGAUGAAGGACGCAGAGAUACCGUCGACGAUGAACAUCGCCGCUCCGGACGCCAGCGUGCCCAUGAGAGCGGUGGCUGUUCCGAAAUAGCGGAAGCUGGGCCUGAAGUUGGGGGCAGAGCCGAGCUUCAGCAGGAAACACGCCACGUUGGUGACGAUGAAUGUCAUGAGGAAAGCCAUCGUGAUGAGCGUCGCGAUCUGGUUGACGUCGGCAAACAGAAACAGCUGGCACAGAAGCCACGUGAACAGGAUGCCGUAGACGGAGUCUGUGCCGAAGACACGCAGGCCGGGCAAGAUCUCGUCGAUCGCAAUGGCCUGGAGCAGCUUCGCGGCCCCCACGAGGCCGACAAUGACGGAGAACACGGAGGUCGACACCUCGCCGAGAAUUAUCAGCAGCGGCGACAAGUUGACCGUCUGCAGGACCUGCACGUCUUUGUACAGCAUUUCGCGCGGGAUGGAGCAGCCCAUGGAGAGGAUGACCAGCAGGUAGCACACAAACGUGAUCAGCAGGCCGCUCAGCGUCCCGAGUGGGAUGGAUUUCGACGGGGUCUUGAGGUCGCCGCUCAUGGACGCUCCGGCAAAGAUGCCUGCCGUAGCAGGGAAAAAAAUGCCAAACACGUCUCUGAAAUUCUCCUUGCGCGGCAGCUGCGACCCCGCGGCGCCCUGCGUGAAGUGCGGGAGCAGGUUUUCUGUGAGCGUGGACCAGGAGAUGCCCGUGUAGAAAACGUCGUUUUCUUUAGAAUAAAACGGAGCCACCACGAGCGACGACAGCGGCACCGACAGCGUGGACAGAAUCAGCAGAAAACACAGCAGCGAGCCGGCCUUCGAAACCGUCUGCGAGCCAAUCAGCGAGAUCACCGUGCAGAGAGCCAAAAACACAGUGCUGUAGAUGAACUGGAACCAGUAGUCCGUGGGCAGCAGUUUCCACACGACGCCGGUCUGGCUGUUGAAAUUGUACAGCAGCGGCUCGAUCAGGCCGGCCACGUUCAGCGCAGCGUUCAGGACCUGGCCAAUGUAGAAGAUGAUGCCUAUCGCGCCGCCGAAUUCCACCCCGAGACUGCGGCUGAUCAUAUAAUACGCCCCGCCGCCCUUAACGGUCCCGUUCGUCGCGAUGGCGCUCACGGAGAGCGUGGUGAGCAGAUCAAUGCCGUAGCUCAUAACCAGCAGCAGCAGCGUGCCCAGAACGCCCAUCUGGCCCAGAACGAAACCGAAUCGCAGAAACAUCAAUAUAGACAGCACGUUCAGGAUCGUCGGCAGCGUGACGCCGUUCAUGGUGUUCAGUUUGUGGGGUUUUUCGUCCGCUCUAGGGUCCGCGAUCGACCCGUAGUUGGGAUGGCGGCCACGGGAAUCAAACAUUGA